CGACUGGGUCAAUCAAGAAAAAUAGAAGUUACGAAUACAAAAAUGUCGUAUAGAGACUUGAGAAGUAAGUGAAAAUCGGUAGUAUUUAUUGUUUUUUGAAAGUUUUGAGGUUAUACUUCUCACCUGCAUUUAAAUUUUGCCUGUUCUUGUAUGAUCUAAAUGAAAAUAAUGGUUGUGUUUUCGCAGAUUUCACUGAAAUGAUGCGUGCCUUGGGUUACCCUCGGCUGAUAUCCAUGGAGAACUUUCGUUCUCCAAACUUUGCUUUGGUUGCUGAAGUCUUGAUGUGGCUUGUCAAGAGGUCAAGUAACUAUUUUUUUAAUUACCCUACAAAAAACAGUUAAACGUCGAGAGAAGGUGGCCAACCAAGCGAAAAUAAAUUGAACCUGUAAGAUUUCAGGUUUAUAGGUGAUUAUAAUUAAUUCAACGCCACUUAAUCGGACAAAGAUGAAACGUGAAGGUUUAACUGUUGUGUAAAAUGAAUUUUGGCAACAUUUCUGCCGAGAUCCUUACUUAAUUAGUCUUUGGAUAACGAAAAUACUGGCGAAAACAGUAGAUUGCCUUCGGCACUACAACUUUGUUUUGGGGUCGUAUGGAAAUUUUUCCCCAACUGAGUUUUUAUAGAUUUCUACAUGAAAUAAACGAAGAAGCUCUUAGAUUUGUUACCUUUCAAGAGUGUAGUACAUAUAGCCCUAAAUAUUUGCUCUAAAAGAUAAAUACUGUUUGUCUAUUAUGAUUGUUAUGUGUAAUGGUGUGGUUUGAUUGUCCAGUAAGUGUAGUCAUGAGAAGGACUGUUUUCGGUAGUGGUGACUGACGUUUCGACAACCUGACUGGAAGUCAUCAUCAGAGUCAAGGAAAUAGUUGCUGUCAGUUGAAUGUGCUUAGUCCAGUUUGCAUAAAUUGAUUGGUCAGUUUUGCUGUGAUGUUAUUGGCUGUAAGACUCAAGUAGCAUAGAUUGGUAGUAAUUGGUUGGUCUCAAUCCGUUAGUGAAGUUAGGUCUUUCUGUUUGGUUUGUUUGUAAUGUUAAUGUUGUGAAUAAGUCCUUUGUAUGGUGCCUGUAGUGGACCACUGCCUGCACCAUACAAACGACUGCUGGCAGUGGUCUACUGCCGGCAGUCGGGAGUGGGGGAGUAAAUAUUAAGUUACUCAUCUAAUGCCAAAGAAUGUCACAUAGUGUAAUGAUAUGAUUAUGGGCUAAACAUUUAUCUGGCAUGUUAUAUAUAGGUAUGACCCCAAUGUGGAAUUACCCAUGGAUGUUGAUACUGAACAGGACAGAGUGCUGUUCAUUAAAUCAGUGGCUCAAUUUAUGGUAUGUUUGACAUCAUCAGUCUCCAGAAAGUUUUAUAAAUUUUUAUGCCAAUCAGUUUUAUGAAGUACUGUGAGAGUGGUAGAGGGGUCUAUAUGUGAUGCACGAAUUUUACAGAAAUCCAAGGUAAGGUGAGAUUUUAAGAGUUCCCUUUUGGCUUAAUGAUAAGCAAAAUAUACUUUAAAGCACAUGUGAUGUGCAAAUUUUUCUAAAAUUGCUAUGAGAAUUAUGAUCAGGACUCCUCCUUUUCUGCCCUCUACUGUGUAUACCAUGUAAUUAUUACUCUGUUUGUUGACUAAGAAGAAUCUAAAACUAGUGCUGAAGUGCAGACAUAAUAAAUACUCCUAACACUGUACUCAUAACUGUUAUAAUCAUUACUAAUAAAAUUGAAGAUAGAAAUAAGAAAGAUAGUGUAUGAACCCCUCAAGAAAUGGGGAAUUUCACUUAAAAUGAUAAACACCUCUGAGAUGUUAAGAUUGAUUUUGAAGUUUCCCAAGAAUUAACAGAGGUGAGGUGCUAACCUUUUCAAGCACUGCUCAAAAUAGGGUACUUAAGUAUUAUCAAUGAGUUGAUAAAGUAAAUUAGCCACCUCAAAGAAUUUAAAAGCAGAUGUUUCAAGUGUCAGCCCUUCCUCAGAGCCAUUUGCUCUGAUAAAGGGCUUACACUCAAAACUUCAGCUUUUUUAAAACUCUUUAUGGUGACUAAUUUACGUUAUCAACUUGUUGAUAACGCUAAGUUACCUUGUUAUAUUUUCCCACCAAUGCAGCACCACAGUUUCUUUAGAAAUUUACCCCCUUUAUCCACUGCUCACAAUAGUCACCUGAUCUCUUUCUCAUACAAUAUUAGGCAACCAAAGCCCAUAUUAAGCUAAACACCAAGAAGCUAUAUGGUGCAGAUGGAUAUGCUGUGAAGGAAUUACUCAAAGUUACAUCUGUCCUGUACAGUGCUAUGAAGACUAAUGCUGGAAAUGAGGUAGCCGUAAAAGUUAUUUACUUAACUCUCUUUUAUGUUUUUGCUUCAAAUAAAUCCAGGUUUAAUGAGGUUAGUGAGGUUUGAGCAUUGUUGAAAUGUGCUUAUGUUUGUUCCCAUUUCCCACUUUUCUUUCAGGAGUAAACAGUGACAAUGCCGUCUUUAAGUUAAUACAGUGUAAACAUGUAGCCCUUUCCUAGUAGAAAACAGUAGUUGAAGAUGUUAUAAAAAAAACUAUAACAUUUUAUUUCUUGUUUUUAGGCUGCUGAAGAGUCCAAUGUCAAUUCCUUGACAUUUGAUAUAUCAUCAAGAGUAAGUAACCAGAGUUUGGAGUUUAACAGACUCAAGUGUUAAAGAUGAAAAGUAUUUUGGGCAGGAAAAUUGCUAUCUGUUGGAAUGAUGGCACGAUACAUUUUUUUAACUCCUUAACACAAAGCUUCCAUGUUCCUGCAGGUCUGUUCAGUGCUAGAUCAUAGAUGAUGAUAAAAUUUAGUUAAAAUCAGAAAAGUAGCAGUCAAGAUGCAGCCAAGUGUCUCACUGAUGUUCUUACCAUAUUUGAUGUCAUCAAGUUGUGAUUUAUUAUUGUAUAGAACCAUGGCAUUGUGGAAUCUAUUUGUUUUAUGUAAUAAUGGAGCAAAAAAUUAUUAAAAUGGUAAUGUCAUCAAUGAGUGUGUUGUCCAGUAGAUCAUACGUAAGAACCUGUCAAAUGUGUGCAUAAUUCAGCUCAUCAAGACAUACAAUUCCAAUGGAUAUCAUUAAUUUAUCCAAUGGAUGAUUUUCAUCAACCUAUCAUUUAAACAACCAUAGCAACUUUUAAAUUGGAAACUUAUGUGUUAUGUUUACGAAUGAUGGGCAUUAGAUUAAAUAGUGUUCAAGGCCAACUAUAUUUUGUCUCAUUGAUUAUGCAAUACAUGGGUAGGCUUGAGAACCAUUCAUGUUUCUUUUCAGAUAACUGAUUUAAAGGCAUCUCGCCAGCUUGCAUCUGAGAUAACAUCAAGGGGAGCUGCACUUUAUGAUUUGCUUGGUAAAGAAGUGGAAUUAAGGGUAAGUCAGUAAUUAUUUUUAUGGUGUAUCUGACCAUUAAGUUUAGUUUUGAGGGUGAAAUCAGGUAUAUCUUCAGAAUUUACUCUUGCAAGGGCAUCUUCAACAGUGAAAAUGUGAAUUUUUUUAGGAUCAGAGAUAGGAUGUUGAUUCAGAUCUUUUAAGGAUUUUAAGGGUCUUCCCAGUUUAACUUUCAAGAACUCUCAAAAAUUUUACAGAUCACUAAAUGAAUGUGUGAUCUGGCAAAGUCUUUUAAUAUCAUUCAAGGUCCCAUUAGCUUCAUUUCUCCAUCAUGAUAACUUCAAUUCCUUGGCUUACUUGGCUUUGUUUAAAUAUCAGGAACUAAGAACAAAUGCUAUAGCCAAGCCUCUUGAAUUAAAUGAGCUGGAAAGUGGUAUCAAGAAGAGUGUUGCUGCAGUCAAGGUACUGAUGAAUCAGAGAUCAUGUAGGGUACUUUUUUCUAUUUUUUAGCUUUCCAAGACAUUGUUUCACUAAGUAUAACUCCUGCCUAACUGAGAAUUUCUCCCAGUGUGGUGGUAUGUUUUAUAAGUUAGGAAAAUUUUGAAAUAUUUUCAAGCUUAUAGAAGGUGCACCUGUUUGUAUGUUCUCCCAUCGUUAGGAAUGAUGAUAAUGAAAACAAAAAUAAGCAUAUGAGUUGUUUUGUACUUUGCUAUUUCAAUUGAAUUUUGUUCUAUUUGAGAAAGCAUAUUUGAGUAAAUUUAUUGUAAAAACUGAAGGCUUAUUUUUUGGAAGAGUGGAUCAUGCACAGAGAGUGGAGGUAUGCUUUGGGGGGGGGGAGGAGGGAGUCAUCUUAGCCAUUCACAGAGUGCUUUCUGGAGCCCAUUCAUGCAACCAGUAACUUUAUUUAUAACAUUUUAAUGUUCAACUACCGGGGAAUCAUUACAGGAGAAUAAUAAGUUCUCCCCUCGAUUAAGUGCACUCCCUCUACUAAACACCCCUCCCCCUUUUAGCUGAAAUUUUAAAUAAGCAUUUGGUUACUUAUUGGAGGAAAUAUGGUACAUUCCAAAUCCCUUCCAUUCUUAUUGAAGGAUGACAUAAAGAAGACCAAUCAAAUGUUGGACAAUAUUGCUUCGGAUGAAGCUAACCUGGAAGCUAAAAUAGACAAGAAAAAACAAGAACUGGAGAGGAACCAGAAAAGACUGCGAAGUUUAGAAACUGUCAGGUACAGUUGUUCCCUCUUUAAAAUUCAAGAAUUGGGCAGUCCAUGUGAGGAUCAGAUUAUUAGAUGAUAAAAGCUGUAUGCUGUUUUGUUUGCUGUCUUUUAUUUUUAUGUUUGAACCUCUUGUGUUUGGGUUCAAUAUCAUUCUGGCUUUAAAUUCUCUUGUCCUUAAUUUAAUAUGUGGAUGUGGUAUUGUAAAUUGUCUGAUAAUGUGCUUAAACCAAAAAUCUGAAAGAAAAUUUUAAAGAACUUGUAUGAAAUCAAACCGUGACAAAUACUCAAAAUUACAAAAACAAACGAAGGGUCCAUGGUGAACCAUUGAGAGGUUUUUUGUACUUAAUUUAAGUCUUUGCUAUAUUUCUAUGAUAAGUUCAUGUCCCAUUGUUAGAAGUACAAUCAUUCUAUCAGGCUUUUAAUUGGUUCAGCAAUCUCUAAUUGACAAGCUGAUAUUGUAUGAAGAAAAGGUUUUUUUUUUUAAUAUAUUAAGUAGCUACUCUUUUCCAAUCUCUGUAGGCCAGCAUACAUGGAUGAGUAUGAAAAACUUGAAGAGGAACUCAAAAAAGUAUAUGAGGUGAUUAUGUUACUCUUGAUUGUUGGCAAGUUUGUUACAUUAAAAGAACCACUCCUUUUUGUCCCAAACUAAGAUCAAUAUUCACUAAACAAACUGAAUUGAUAAAGCAAUGCUAAUCACCCACAAAGAAUCCUCUACAUUCAGUAGCUUAGUGUUGUUUGAUUUGACAUCUUUAGUGUAAUCUUUGAGCAAUGACAUCAUCCUUGCAAGAAUAAGCAGAAGGAAGCCCAAAACAAUUCGGGCUUGGACAGGAUUAUAAACCCUGCAUCUCAGAUACUAAGUGAAUGCUACUUAACCAAAUGAGCUACAAAGCCAGAUGUUGGGAGCCAGCCAAAUUUUAGGUUCUUCUUUCUCAUAAGGGAAUCUGAUCACAGUUUUUUAAUGAAAUAAAUUUCAUUUCAGACUUUCAUGGAAAAGCAUCGCAAUUUAGCUUACAUGGAGCAACUACUGGAAGACAUUAACAGGGCUGAGAGAGACAGAUUUGAGGUUAAAAAAAGCAUAUAAUUACUGUUGAUUUUAAACUGUUGUAGUUUUUUUUCAAUUUACUGUUUGAUUUAGGCCCACGUAAUUCCUCAGCUGUAAAGUUGAGGAGGCAAGCAUUUUAAUUUGCUUUUGAUUGGUCAAACAAACAAAUUUUUAUUUCAAUCAGAGAAGCUGAUUUGAAAGUUAGUGUAGCCAAUUAAUCCAUUCACUCUGUAGAUCUCAUUAGUAGUUUUCCUUACUGUCUACCAUACAUUUCUUGCAAUGUUAGCUUAGAGAAGUUGGUAUUAGAUCAACUAAAAAUCCCCCGGUUGAUAUUUUUCUUUAUUUUCUUUCAUUAAUUUUUCUGUGUUGUUUAUUAAAUUAUUUUCACUUUCUUUUAGGAGUCUGAAGCAACAAUCAGAAACAUGCAAACUGCAGACCAUGGCCAAGGGAUUGACGCUGGAGAUGAACUGGGAGAUUUGGAUGGUGGUGACGACGAUGAUGAAAUUGUUGUUGAGGCGAACAAUACAAGACAGACUACCAGACCACAAGGUGAAUGACUGUCAUCGGUGACGCAAAUUUCCCACUAUGUGUUUGUGGCUAAUUAUUAAUUGUUAUUGUUGACUUGAGACAAAAAAAGUUAUGAGGGUUAUAUACUAAGCUCUGAAAGUUGCAUAUCUAUCUAACAUCUCGGUCUGAAUCAUUUCGAUAAAGCUAAAUGAAAUGUUAAACGACGCAUUUGUGGUAUUUCUUCGCCUUCAUGGCCUCCGGCCAAAAGUAAUUUCGCAGAAAGACGCUAUACAAAUGGCCCACAAGGACGGAAAAAUAUCACAAAUGCAUAACCCUCAUAGAUUUUGUUCGUCUCAUGUCAACAAUUAUUAACACGAACACAUUUUAUAGUAUGGUCUUCCUGUGAUCAUACAACAGAUGUCAAGCACGUGACGUGAUGUCUCUAAGCGCUGGAAAUUUCAACUGAUAAGCGCGGGAGAAGGAGAAUUACCUCGUAUCCCGCUGAGUAGAUUAAUUUCUUAUUGGUUUUGACAAAGGUUACCAUGGCAUGCUGCGCAGUGUUAUCCCAACCUACUUCAUUGAGUUUGGGCCUUUCCGCAUCCGCGAAAAACUAUUUUGUUCAGACAAAUUUGCUGUCACCAUCAACAUUUUAAGAGUGCGAAUGGUUUAUCACGACUUGACAAAUUUUGGCCAAAAAGCAGACAAGCCUUCAAACGCGCCGCCGAUAAAAUUUUUCCUGGGUAAACACUGAACAAAAGCGACUGAGUGUACAAAACCAUGCUAAACUUAUUGAUCAUGUCUCGUGGAAGCUACAACCAGCGUGUAAUUGAACUAAAACCAGUUUAAUAGAAAGGAAAAAAUGUCUUUCGUUUCAAACCUCGGGGAUUCUAAAAUGUUGAAAACGAAUUAGGGUAAAUCCUGGAAAUUGGACGUGGAAUCCUUUGGCAACUAUGCUGACCGGUCCUAGGAAUAGAUCAGGCGCUGACGGAAUUUGACGGCUUUGAAAUUUUGAAAGCGGAUGCAACAGACGAAACAAAAAUUAGUCAUGAUAAAAUUUUUCCUUUGAUGUUGUCGGGACAAUUCUAGUUUUGUCCGCUAGUGGGGAAAGGCCCUUACUUACAAUGUGUAGUUUACGUCUGGAUAAUGUUUUUGUUUUGUUGUCUUUUCAGCUGCCGAAGCUGGUGGUCGAGUCUUCGGUUCCAUGGGAGGAGGGCUUGAUUCUGAUGAAGUGAGAUCUUUUCGUUGUUGUUGUUUUGCCAUGAACUUUCCUUCAUAGAUUGGUUGUCACAUCGAGCCUUCUUCAACUUUCAUUUUACGUCGGCUCAGCCUCAGUUGUACAUAAAUUUUUUUUAUGUCUUUUUCAGGAUGAAAGUGGUUCACUUUCUUCAGGAGAGAGCGACAUUGGUGUUGAUGACGAUGAAGACGAACUUCUCGAUGAUGACGAUAUGGAAGAUGGCCGCGGGGAAGGACGGGAGGACGGCUCUCAGGCUAACAGUCUUAAUGACAGUGAUAAUGACUUCUAA